AUGGGCCUUUCCCCACUCUACGCCGUUCCCUCUAUGCCACGCUGCUGCUCUCAGCCGCAGCAUCUAGCCUGCUUAUCGCCCGGCCAUCCCCACGCACUUCGGCGCUUCUGGCGAGACCAUCAAAAGCUGCUCGCUAAGAAGAGCUUCUGGGAUGCCCACAUGGCAGCUGAGAGGGGGCUUGCUUUACAGCUGCAGCUCUCGAGGCGACUUUCGCGUUUCAAUGCGCCGCUUCUCUGUGAUGAGGAGCGACAGGUGGUGCAGAAGAUGACCGGACCUCAAAAUGCUUCUUUCUCAUCUGAUAAAGCCCACGUGGAACUUGACUCCAUAGAUUACAGAGAGAAAGGCUACGUCCACUACCCUGUCAAGAAAUCAGGUCCAGGCAUAUGCGGAUCCUGCUGGGCUUUUAGCUCUGUGGGGGCCCUGGAAGGGCAACUCAAGAAGAGGAAGGCGGGCAGGAUUGCUGAACCCUCAUGACCCCCCCAGAACCUGGUCGACUGUGCCAGCAGUUGUGAUGGCUGCAAGGGCUGCUUGAUGACCAAGGCCUUCAAGUAUAUAAAGGAGAACCAAGGCAUUAGUUCAGAUGAUUCCUAUCCCUAUAUUGGCAAGGAAAAAAGUUGCAAGUACGACCCAAGAAGCAAGGCUGCCACGUGCCGGGACUUCGUGGAGAUCCCCAAAGGAGACGAGAAGGCUCUGAAGAAGGCUGUGGCCGAGAUUGGCCCAGUCUGUGUGGGCGUCGAUGCCAGCUUGGAGACUUUCCAACUCUAUCAAAAAGGUGUAUAUUAUGACAAGGACUGUAGUUCCAAAAAACUCAACCACGGCGUCCUGGUUGUGGGCUAUGGCGCCCAGAAAGGCAUAAAAUACUGGAUCGUCAAAAACAGUUGGGGAGAGUCCUGGGGUGACAAGGGUUAUAUCCUGAUGGCCCGGGACAAGAACAACGCCUGUGGGAUUGCCAACAUGGCCAGCUUCCCGAAGAUUUGACCCGCUGCCUCACCUCACCUACACCUGGCCCCGUGUUUGGAAACCACUGGAUUCCUGAGCGGGCAUCGUGGAGCUUUGGCAUAAUAAUGAAAGACUUGAACAGUACUGAUGUUGCUUUUAGGCACGUUGGA